AUGUAUGACAGAGUGGACAGAACUGACCUGCAAUGUGAAGAGGGUCCUCGGUUCGAAGCACGAAAGGUCGCAGAACGUGAGCGUAAAAAGGAGGCCGUACGGAAGAGGCUCGAGGAAGCCAGUAGAGCCAAGAAGGCCAAGAAAGGUUUCUUGACACCAGAAAGAAAGAAGAAACUCAGGAAACUUUUGAUGAUGAAAGCCGCUGAAGAUCUUAAGCAACAGCAAAUGCUGAAGGAGCAAGAAAGACAGCGUGUUCUACAAGAACGUAUUAUACCCCUUCCUGACCUUGACGAGUGCGACGAUCUUGAGGAGGUGUAUAGUCAAAUGCGCGAACGUCUUAUGGUUCUGGAAAGCGAGAACUAUGACAUCUCAUAUACCGUACGACAAAAGGAUUUUGAGAUCAAUGAGCUCACCAUCGCCGUAAAUGAUCUUCGUGGAAAAUUUGUGAAGCCUACUUUGAAGAAAGUCUCAAAGACUGAGGACAAAUUUGAUAAACUGAAAAAGAAAGAAGCAGCUAAGGUCGAUUUCCGUUCAACAUUGAAGACUAUCGACAAAAAUCAGUUUGCAAUGGAAGAGGAAAGCAAAGAGAAGUCUAAGGCUGACUGGGCAAAGUAG